AUGCUGGCGCAACCUUCGUAUUCGAUCUUUACGCACUCGAUUGGCUACCACACGGCGGGGCAUACGCUGCCGGAUAAGCUGGAGGCGGCGGCGCAGGCGGGGAUGGAUGGCAUCGAGCUGUUCACCGACGACCUGUGGACGUUUUCGCAGUCGGAACUGUUUGCGAACGUGUCGAGGGGUGGAGAGUUGCUCACGCCACCGGAUAGCCCGCUGGCGAAACACGCGAUGGUGGGAAAACAGCGCGUGUGGAAUGCAUAUGGAGAGUGUACGCAGCAGGAGGCGGAGCGCGAGGUGGAGGCGGCCAAGUGGGUCAAGGCGAGGUGCGACGAGCUCGGGUUGAAGGUGUACUGUCUCCAGCCGCUUAGGGAUGUAGAGGGGUGGGUCGGAGAAGAGGAGAGGGAAAUGGCGAUGCGACGAGUGGAGAGUAGGUUUGCGGUGAUGCAGGCGCUGGAUACGCAGCUGUUGCUCGUGUGUUCGCAAAACACACCCGCGCCUGCAACGACGGGCGAUCGAGAGGCACUCAAGAGGGACUUUACACAGAUCGCCAACAUGGCGGAGAGAUUCACGCUGCGAACGGGACACGAGGUUCGGGUGGGAUUCGAAGCGCUCGCGUGGGGAUCGCACGUGGACAAGUGGACGCAAGCAUGGCAGGUGGUCAAGUCGGUGGAUCGCAAAGAGGUGGGCUUGAUCCUGGAUGCGUUCAACACGCUCGCGCGCGAGUACGCCGAUCCUUGCUCGUCCACCGGCAUCCAAGAGCCGGUCGCACAAACACUGCUCCGCCUCGGCGAGAGCCUGGAUGGCAUCGUCGAGGUCCCCGGGGACAAGAUCUUUUUGCUCCAGAUUGGAGAUGCCAAGAAACUGCCCACGCCACUUCUACCUUCGCCGAGGGAGGGCGAGGAGCGACCGAGCAGGAUGAUCUGGUCGCGAUCGUCGAGGCUGUUUCCAUGCGAGUACGACCAGGGCGCAUUCAUGCCCGUCCCCGCAUUUGUCGAGAGGGUCGUCAAGGCAGGGUACAAGGGUCCGUGGUCGAUCGAGGUGUUCAACGACUCGCUCAACGAUACCAGCAGGGAUACGACGAGGAGCCAUGCCACGCGCGCCAGAGCCGGGUUGGAUAGGCUGGUAGAGCAUGUCUUCAAGUAA